UCCGAAAGUCUGCACUGCGCAAACUCAGAGAGAGCGUAACUUUUGAUUGGCUGAAAACCCGGAAAUGACAUGUCUUCCGUUUCGCUGCUUCGCUUGUCCGGAAAAUUACUGAAAUAUAUUCUCGCUGUUUAAUACAACUAUUCUAGCUCUAUAACAUGUUUCAGAUAUAAGAAAAUCUGUCAAAUUAGAGAAAGAACUGACAGUUUUAGGUCUUGUCGAACGUCUGUUGGCUGUCUCCGUGUUCUGUAAUCUUACCCCAGUCCGUUCGCCUCACAGCUGGUCGGAGCUCGGGAUGGACGCGGACACAGACGGCUCGGAAGGGCCAGAUGAGUCCGGGAGGAGGCGAAGGGUGCACGGGAUGCUGAAGCUGUACUAUGGGCUGAACGAGGAGGGAAAGACCAGCGAGAAGUCGCCGUCUCUGGAUCCCUGCGACAUCAACGGGCCACAUUUCGACCCGGAGCUCUACCUCAACAAGCUGAGGAGGGAGUGCUCUCUGGCUGAGCUGAUGGACCAGGAGACCUGUAUGGUGAAGCAGAUUCGAUCCUUGGACAGUGACAUGCAGACUCUGGUCUAUGAAAACUACAACAAGUUCAUAUCUGCCACAGACACAAUAAGGAAAAUGAAAAACGACUUUAAAAAAAUGGAGGAUGAGAUGGAUUGUUUGUCUGCAAACAUGGCUGCGAUCACUGACUUCAGUGCUAGUAUCAGUGGCACUCUCCAGGAUCAGCACGCACAGAUUACUAAACUCUCUGGGGUUCACACUCUGUUGAGGAAGCUUCAGUUUCUGUUCGAGUUACCUGCUAGACUGAACAAGUGUCUGGAGCUGAAGGCCUACGCUCAGGCCGUGAGCUUUCACCGCAGAGCCCGCUGCGUCCUGCAGCAGUACAGCCACCUGCCCUCCUUCAAGGGCAUCCAGGACGACUGUCACGCCAUCAUGGACAAGCUGGCUCAGGAGCUUCGACAAAAGUUCAGGGAUGGAGGGACGAGUGCCAAGGAUUUGUCCGAGUGUGUCGAGCUGCUCCUACAGUUGGACGAGCCCGCAGAGGAACUUUGCGACAAAUUCCUGACCCAUGCCCGGUCUCGACUGGAGGCGGACCUGCAGGGCCUGGAGGCGGAGAUCAGACCUUACCCCACUGCUGUGAAAGAUGCUUCUGCACGCAGGUCUCCAGCAGGAUCCCCGACUGACUCCUCCCCUAAAGCCACUCCCACUCCAAACACUGACAUCCUGGAGUUCAUAGACCGAGGCUGCAAUGAAUUUGUGAGCAGCUUGUGUUUAGUUAUUACCUCCUAUCAAGAACUGUUCAUCAACCACGCUCAGACGGGGGAGCUGGCGUCCAAGAAUAUCCCUCAGAUGGCAAACAGGAAGCUGCACGUGUUCGUGGACGACCUGGCUGCGCAGUACUUCUCGCUGGUGGAAAGGAGGAUACAAGAGGAGAAGGGAGUCAGCGAUAACUCCCUCUUGGUCCGCGCACUCGACCGCUUCCACCGCAGGCUUCAGGCCGUCUCCAAACUGCUGCCGAGCUCCACCGUCCCGAACCAGGGCACAGAAAUCGUGAUCCGGGCAGCGACGGAGCGCGUCAAGCAGUACCUCGCCGCCCUGCAGAGCUUCUACAUGGACAGUCUGACGGAUGUGAGGCAGGCUCUGGCGGCGCCUCGCCUCUCUGUGGGUGGUGCCACUGGGUCAGGAGGCGGAGCUCAUCUAGGGGGCGGAGCCACCAGCAGAGAUGCUCCAAACAGUCUGCCGGAGCUGCUGUCUUCACUGUCAGCUUCUAUUCUCAACCAGAUUAAGUCGGUGUUGGCUUCAGUGCAUCUGUUUACAGCUAAAGACAUCACAUUCUCAAACAAACCCUACUUCAAGGGGGAGUUCUGCAGUCAGGGCGUACGUGAGAGUCUGGUGGUGAACUUCAUCAAGUUCGUGUGUCAGUCCUCUCGUCAGUUUUGUGAGAGCGCAGGCGACAAAGGAGGUUCCACUCCGCCGGCGCUUCUCCUGCUUCUGUCCCGCCUCUGCCUGGAUUUUGAAACAUCCACCAUCUCCUACAUACUGACUCUCACGGACGAGCAGUUCCUGGUGCAGCACCACAGUCCCGUAACGCCGGUCACGAUUUUGUGUACAGAAGCCAGAGAAGCGGCACAGAAACUGCUAAACCAUUAUGUCAAGGUUCAAGGACUGAUCAUCUCCCAAAUGUUACGAAAGAGCGUGGAAACACGGGACUGGGUCAACACCAUCGAGCCGCGAAACGUUCGCGCUGUAAUGAAGAGAGUCGUAGAAGACACGACCUCCAUUGAUGUCCAGGUGGGUCUUUUAUAUGAAGAAGGUGUGAGGAAAGCCCACAGCAGUGACUCCAGCAAAAGAACCUUCUCUGUGUACAGCAGCUCCAGACAACAAGUCCGCUACGCUGCCAGCUACACUCCAAGUGCUCCGAUGGAUACAAAUCUGCUGAGCAACAUCCACAAGCUGUUUUCUGAGAGGAUUGACAUCUUCAGCUCAGUGGAGUUCAACAAGGUGUCUGUGAUGACAGGAAUCAUCAAAAUCAGUCUGAAAACAUUCCUGGAGUGUGUCCGUCUGCGUACUUUCGGGCGCUACGGGCUGCAGCAAAUCCAAGUGGACUGCCACUACCUGCAGAUGUACCUGUGGCGCUUUGUUUCUGACGAGAACCUCGUGCAUUUCCUGCUGGAUGAGAUCGUGGGAAGCUGUGCUCACCGAUGUCUAGACCCGGCUCCGAUGGAGCAGAGUGUGAUCGAGGUCAUCUGUGAGAGAGGUUGAGGUUCAGCCUUAAAGUUUAGACAUCGUACCCUGGCUCUUUUCUUUUUUUUUUUUUGAAAUGAUACUGUCAACAUCUUGUGCUCAGAAACUCUUGAGAGAAAUCAGCUGAAGUAUUGUAAACACUCUUGAUUGUGAAUGACUGUUCAUUUCUAGGAUGUUACCUUUGAAGUGCAGACACUUUGGAUUUGCAUGUUUAUUUCAUGCUAUGUACUUGACACUAAAAUCCAGAAAAUGCUUCUUGUUAAAUUUCAAAUCAAUGGAUAAGAUUGUUCUAUGAUUAUACUAAUAUAUUCAGUAGGUGACUACUUUGUUGUUCAAUUUGUAAUCAAUAAAUGUGUUAAUUGUCUAACAUUAAAUGAUGAGAAAACUUGA